GGAUGACCACCACCUUUGAGGAGGCCGAUGGCCCGUAUUUGGGCAUUCCUGCUGAGGCCGAUGGUAAUUUUUCUUCGGCUUUCUGUCUUUACGUUUUGUCCUUUGCCUUACUAAUCUGUUUGUUUUUUCUUUGUAGACUUUGUCAUGGACCGACGCUCCAUAAUGGCCGUUGCCAAGGCCAAGGCGGCCGAGGAGCUGGCUGCUAAGGCGGCCGAGGCGGCCCGACGUGCCGCUGCUGGUGGGAGCGGGGCUACUGCUGACGCGGCCCCAAAGCCUGCCCUGUCCAAGAAAAAGAGACCGGCCACUGACGGCCAGAAAAAGUUGACCGAGGCCGGCGUGAGCGUCUCUAAGAAGACGAAGAGGGCUCCUUCCCCUUCUCCGGCUAGUGAGGCCGGUAUGCUUACUGUCCCCAGCGUGGGCGAUGGUGGUCCCGUCGUGGACCUUACUGUUGCUGAUGAUGCCGCCCCAGCGCUUCCUCUCGUCCAGGAACCACGGACGCAGAGGGCCGGCAAAGAGUUUGCCGGUGCCACCUAUCAGAAAGUGAUAAAGUACCCCGUCGGCGGGGGCGUGUUUAAUGAGCUCGUCCCCGGCCACGUCGUCCUGGCCAAGGCCAUGCCGGCCAAAGAUCGGGCUCAUUUGAAAAAGCUCGAGGACCCGAAGAUUUAUGAGGGCAGCAUGGAUCUCCUCGUCCAAAGUGCCUUCAUGCUUAUGGAAAGCCACAAGAGGCAGUACUGGGAGAUAGCCCGCCUGCAAGCGCUGGAGCAGAAGGCUGCCUCGGCCGACGAGGCGGUAGCUUGCCUUGACCGGCUCCGGGAGGAUGCCAAGGCGCUGCAGGCCAAAGCUGAUGAAGCCGUCGCGGCCAGGGACGAUGCCCUGGUCAAACUCGAAGAGAGCAAAAGGGAGCUCGCGGAGUCCCACAGGGCGCUUGAGGCCGAGAAGCGCCGGAGCGAGGAGGCCGCCAAGGCGAAGGCUGAGGCCGAGGCCGCCGUCGUGAAGGCUGCCGAUGAGGCCGUCGAGAAGUUCUUGGCGGAGGGGUGGAAGGCCGAUGAGAGGCUCCCCUGGUGCUACGAAGUGGUGGCCGCCAAGCUUGAGAAUUGGGGGAUGAACUCCCCUGCCGGCCGGGAGUAUUUCAGCCGGGAGAUGUCCGUUUAUUACAACCUGGGCCAGGAGCGCAUGCAAAGGCUCCUGUGUCGGCGGCUAUCCCGGGCGUUGAAGGCUAUGAAUUACACGUCUGGAUGGGCUAGACGGAACCUGAAGCUGCCAAAGCUGAUGAAGGAUCCCGAAGAGCAGGCCAAGCUUCCGCUGUCAGAGCGGGAGUCCCCCAUAGAAAGCUCCGACCUCGGCGAGCCGGACUACACUGAAUUUGACUUCUUAGAUGAUGCCACCAGCGCCGCUGCCGGCCAAGAAGCUGAGGACGAAGAGGGAGCUGAUGAGGCCGAUGAGACAGCCGCAGAUGGUGAUGCCCCCGAAGCUUGAUAGACUAUUCAUUUGUAAUUAGCGUUUCAAUAUUUUGCCAAGUGGUGUAACGGCCGUAGUGCCCCCCAAUUGUAAUGAAGUUUAUCAAUUGAAGAAAUUUUUGCUGUCCUUUUCGGCCUUGAAUCCCUUGUGUGCUUGUUUGCUUUGUCAUAACACUUAGGAUUUUGUAUCAAAAAUUUCCCAAGUGUUUUUGGUUCCAUGUAGCUGCUGUCUUUACGGCCUAGUGGCUUGAUCGGCUUGGACGUAGUUUCAUAAUACUUAGGAAUUUCUUCAAAAAAAAUUCUAAGUGUUUUGGGAUCCAUUUAGGUGCUUUCCUUUCGGCCUGGUGGCCUUGUCGGCUUGACCGGUGUUCCUUUGCCAUCGUAACACUUAGGAUUUUUCAAAAAAAAUCCUAAGUGUUUUGGAUUCCUUUUAGGUGCU